AUGAGAGACCAGAUCCUCAUCGACAAACAGGAGCUCACUGUCGGCAACGUCACAUUCAUGUCCAUACUCACUCCUGGUCAUUCCCCUGGCAACCUGUCCCUCGUCUUCCCCGUCUUUGAACAGGGCGUUCCUCAUAUCGCUGGCUUGAAUGGCGGCACUGGCAUCCCCGCACCCAAGGUUGAUAGAGAGAAGAAGAUUGUCCACCAAAUUGCCGACCACGCCUUGUUCCAAGCCGACCUUCUAAGUCAUCGCCAGCCUGAUGCAGCCAAUCCCUUCGUGGUUGGCAUCGAUGAUGUUCAGAAUUACAUGAAAUUCAACGCGCUCUGCACCAAUGUGAUUGCUGCGCGACAGGGCAUGGAUUUAGAUGUCUGA